UGGGGGGUAUUUAAGCACACGGACAGAGAGGGAGGAGGAAGAAAAAAAAAAAACAUCAUCACCAAUGCGCUGUCGGUGCGGGGUCACGAACUAUGACCUUUAAUAGACGGAAAACUCAACAAUUAUUUUUAUAAACCAGCCGGAGCGCCUUAAAGUGGUUAGUGCCGUCCCUCUGAGACCCCACUAAUGACUCCACAUGAUCAUGGCGAGCAACCUAAAUCUGCUCUCUCAGCAGAAAGCAGAUUCUAAACAUGAGGCAGAGGGGUCAUGCUCUCCAUCAGAUCCAGUGGUGGGUGAGUCUCCCCAGCGCUUUCAGGUCAUCUCCGCACAGCCUGCCACAACACCACAGCGAAUACAGUGUUUGUUCCUGCCUCCCUCCCUUUUUCUGUCUGCCUCUUCUGUCCUUCAACUUUUCAGAUUGUAACCGACCAGCAGACAGGUCAGAAGAUCCAGAUAGUGACAGCGAUGAACCCGUCCAGUGCUCCAAAGCAGCAGUUCAUUCUGACCACGGCUGACAGCUCAGGGGCAAGCAAAGUCAUCCUGGCCUCACCGGAGACUCACAACACAAAACAGGUCAUCUUCACUGCUGCAGACACCAUAAUGCCAGGAAGGAUACAGAUUGUCACAGAUCCAGCUUCAAUGGAGCGAUUGUUAGGACAGUCAGGAGAUUUAAGUCGAUCUCAGCCGGUGGAAUAUUGCGUUGUGUGUGGGGACAAAGCUUCAGGGCGUCACUAUGGAGCUGUCAGCUGUGAGGGAUGCAAAGGUUUCUUCAAGCGUAGUGUGAGGAAAAAUCUGACCUACAGCUGUCGCAGUAAGCAAGACUGUGUCAUCAACAAACACCACCGCAACCGCUGCCAGUUCUGCCGGCUGAGGAAAUGCCUUAAGAUGGGGAUGAAAACUGAUUCUGUCCAGAGUGAGAGGAAACCCAUCGACCUAGUGCCCAGAGAAAGACAAGCCAACUGUGCUGCCUCCACCCAGAAGAUCUACAUCCGCAAGGAUCUCAACAGCCCACUUAUUGCUACACCAACCUUUAUCUCUGAUACAGAUACAGAUGGUUCCAGAUCCAGCCUGCUGGACCAGGGGAUGCUGGUUAAUAUCCAGCAGCCGGUUAUUCAGGCUGAUGGAACGUUGCUCCUGGCAUCAGACUCUAAGAUGGAUUCUGGGCACGGAGACCUGGGGACACUAGCCAAUGUGGUGACAUCACUCGCCAACCUGAGUGACUCACUGAAAGAAAACCUUAACAAUGGUGACACCUCAGACAGCCAGCAGGAGGAGCAGUCUGCAAGCGAGAUAACACGUGCCUUUGACACUCUGGCCAAAGUCUUCAACCCACCUGAAGCAGGGGUGGAACAGAAUCUGGCUGAGAAGUCGCAGUGCUUCAGUGGGACUACCAUCCAGCUGAUUGGACGGGACCAGGAGACGCCCAUCAUCGAGGUGGAGGGACCACUGCUCACAGACAGCCAUGUUGGUUUUAAGCUGACCAUGCCCAGCCCCAUGCCUGAGUUUCUGAAUGUACACUACAUCUGUGAGUCGGCGUCCAGACUUCUCUUCCUCUCCAUGCACUGGGCACGCUCCAUUCCUGCCUUUUCAGCGCUUGGUCAGGAGGCAAACACUAGCUUGGUGCGAGCUUGCUGGAACGAGCUGUUCAUUUUGGGCCUUGCUCAGUGCGCUCACGUGAUGAACCUAUCAACCAUCCUUGCUGCCAUCAUUAACCAUCUGCAAAGCAGCGUCCAGGACGACAAACUGUCUGGAGAGAGGGUGAAGCAUGUGAUGGAGCACAUCUGGAAGUUCCAGGAGUUCUGCAACAGCAUGACGCGGCUGGAGACCGACAGCUACGAAUAUGCCUACUUAAAGGCUAUAGUGUUGUUCAGCCCUGAUCACCCAGGUGUGGACAGCAGUGGCCAGAUUGAGAAGUUCCAAGAGAGAGCUCUCAUGGAGCUGCAAGACUAUGUGCAAAAAACAUACCCCGAAGACACAUACAGAUUAACACGUAUCCUGACCCGUCUGCCUGCCCUACGUCUGAUGAACUCGAGUAUCACAGAGGAGCUCUUCUUUACUGGCUUGAUCGGCAACGUCUCUAUUGACAGCAUCAUUCCCUACAUCCUCAAGAUGGAGACGGCGGAGUAUAACAGCCAGGACUCUGACUCGACAGAAUGACAACACUCUAAGCACUCAGAACUGUCAGUUAAGUUUGCAAGUCUCAUUUUCAGGUACAUUGUCUCUAGAGGGCUGUAGUUCAACUACGAAUCCUUGUUUUCUAACAUCACUUAGGGAGCGCUUGCCAGAUUUAGCAUAACAUGGCAUUGGAAAACCAGGAUGACUGGGAAUGUUUUCUGCAGUUGAUGCUGUUUAUCCCAUGGGAUAAAAGAUCCUGUCAGCUGUGACUGGUUAACUGUUGUAUCCCUCUUGAUGCUUUCUGCACACUUUGAUCCUACUUGUUAAAUUGUCUGAAGUUUAAAUAAGCCUUAUUGUCUAUGAUGUUGGUCAAAUAUGUUUAACUAAGGACCAGCCUCUGAUACAAAAAUGUCAAACAAAAUACCAAACAUAGCCUGAAAUAUAAAUAUAUGAUUAUGUAAAACUACAGGAUGAUUAAGUUCACUUCAUUAGAAGGGAACCUAAAAACACAAGAAAUCUUCGGUCUUGGUACCGAUUAGACCAGCACUGGUCUAAUCGGUACUUCAGAUUUUUGUGGCUAAAGUUUCAGGCUCAAACACACACUUCUCUGAAUGCCAAGUAAUUUCAAAUCACUUUCUCAUCAGAAACAUGCUUUGUGUGUGUGUGUGUAUUUUUUUUUAUUUGAUGUUAAUAUACAAGUAUUUUGUUUAAGUAUUAGACAAUAGGCCACCAACAAAUGUUACAUGUGACCUAAAUGGCCAGCUUUUUCCAUUUGAAGCCAGGAAACACCUACGCAUGAAUCAGCCAUAUUCAUACCUGUGGCCUAUACUACGAAGCAGGAUUAGUGGUUUAUCGAGGUAACUUUAAUUUAGCUGCCCUUUGAGGUUUUUAGUACCAGGAAGCUGGUUCACUCCUUACCUGUGUCUGUCACCAUGGUAACUCAUACGGGACACUAGGGCUGCGCAAUAUUAGAAAAACAGAAAAAUAUUAUUGCUGAAUAUUGAGAGACGAUAUUGGUUCCAACUAACUCACAUUUCCUGAACUGCACUCAUCCCUUUUUCAUCAUCCUGGCAUUAGUACAGUAAAUGUUAGAUACAUUCAUGCUUUCAUCAUUUGGCUUUGAGAUUGACAUGUGCAUUAAUUUUCACAUUCACCAUCGUUUUUUUUGAGUGUUUUUGCCAGCUUCCUUCCUGCUUAUUUGUGAUUGGUCCUCUAGUUACAGCUCCACCUGUUUCACAUAAAAACGCCUAUAUUCUGGGUAACUGACUUACCGAGUUGAUGACUAGCUUUGUAGUAAGACUAACACAUAAUUUAAAUUGAGGUUUAUCUAAACUGGUUCUCUAAAAGAAAAUGUGUUGAACCUGCUUCCUAGUAGAGGGCCCAGGUCUAAGCAGUGCUGUUGUCUUUUAUUAAAGUAAAAUACAGGUCCUUCUCAAAAUAUUAGCAUAUUGUGAUAAAGUUCAUUAUUUUCCAUAAUGUCAUGAUGAAAAUUUAACAUUCAUAUAUUUUAGAUUUAUUG